CUGCAGCUCUCGUCGCUGGCCCUGCGCCUGCCCGGCGACGCGAACUCGCCCGAGGCGCUCUGGGCGAACCUCAUCGCGGAGAAGGACGCGGUCCUCGACGACGUCCCGGGCGACCGGCCCCACAACGGGCGGCCGAGCGCGUACCUGAGCGCCCUCACGGUGCGCGGCUUCGACCGCGUCGCCUUCGGGAUCUCCGCCGCCGAGGCGACGGCCAUGGACCCGCAGCAGCGCCUCGUGCUCGAGUGCUGCGCGGAGGCCUUGGAGCUCGGCGAGCGGCGCGCGACGCCCGCGCCGCCCGGGGGCGACGGCGAGGACGUCGGCGUCUUCGCGGCCAUCGAGACGAGCGACUACGCCUACCUCCACCAGCGCGCCGUCGACGAGGGCGCGGCGAGUACGGACGCGUACUGCGGCACGGGCUGGCACGGCUGCGUGGGGCCGAACCGCGUGUCCUACCUCUUCGACCUCCGGGGCCCGUCCGUGGCGCUGAACACGGCCUGCUCGAGCUCGUUGACCUGCGUCUCCGUCGCGCGCCACUCGCUCGACGCGCGCGAGUGCGGCGCGGCGUUGGUCGGGGGCGCGAACGUGCAGCUCCAGCCCCACUGGUCCUGCGCGUUCACGGCCGCGGGCAUGCUGAGCCCGACGUUCCGCUGCCGCUUCGGCGACGACGCCGCCGACGGCUACGUGCGCGGCGAGGGCGUCGGCGUCGUGCUCUUGGAGUGCGCGGACGCGAGCCGGGGCCGCGCGAUCUGCCAAAUCGGCGGCGUCGGCGUCGGCCAGGACGGCCGGUCCAACGGCCUCACGGCGCCGAACCCGGCGGCCCAGGGCGCCGUCCUCGCCGCGGCCUACGCCGACUUUUCCGCCGCGGACGCCGCGGCCGCGCGCGCGACCGUCGCGGUCAUCGAGGCGCACGGCACGGGCACGCGGCUCGGCGACCCCAUCGAGCUCGGCGCGCUCGGCGGCGCGGAUCUGGGGGCCGGCGCGACGCUGCGCUGCGCGUCCAUCAAGGCGUCCAUCGGCCACCUCGAGGGCUGCAGCGGCCUCGCGGGUUUGGCGAAGGCGGCGCUCACACUGAAGCACGCCACGGCGCCGCGGAGCCUCCACUUCCGCACGCCCAACGCGCACGUGAACUGGGCGAAGCUCAACGUGACCGUGCUCGCCGCCGCCGAGGAUCUCGGCGCGAAGACGACGGCGGGCGUGUCGAGCUUCGGCUUCGGCGGCGCGCUCGGCCACGUCGCCGUGACGCGCGCGGCGGUUUCCGAA